GUUGUGGUGGCCCGCGGCGCGCGCACAGCACCGGGCGCAGCCGCCGCCGCCGCCUCAGCCGCAGCAGCGCCGAGACCGCCGCGCCCUCCUCGUCCUCCUCUUCCUCCUCCUUCCUCCUCCUCCUCUUCCCGGAGCCCGCAGCCUCCUCGCCCCUCUCCCCCCCGGACCCCGCGAAGAUGGUGGACCGCGAGCAGCUGGUGCAGAAGGCCCGGCUGGCCGAGCAAGCCGAGCGAUACGACGACAUGGCGGCCGCCAUGAAGAACGUGACGGAGCUGAACGAGCCCCUGUCCAACGAAGAGAGGAACCUGCUGUCCGUCGCCUACAAGAACGUGGUGGGGGCGCGGCGCUCGUCCUGGCGAGUCAUCAGCAGCAUCGAGCAGAAGACCUCUGCAGAUGGCAACGAGAAGAAGAUCGAGAUGGUCCGUGCCUACCGCGAGAAGAUCGAGAAGGAGCUGGAAGCGGUGUGCCAGGAUGUGCUGAGCCUGCUGGACAACUACCUGAUCAAGAACUGCAGCGAGACGCAGUACGAGAGCAAAGUCUUCUACCUGAAGAUGAAAGGGGACUAUUACCGCUACCUGGCCGAGGUGGCCACCGGCGAGAAGAGGGCGACCGUGGUGGAGUCUUCGGAGAAGGCCUAUAGCGAAGCCCAUGAGAUCAGCAAGGAGCACAUGCAGCCCACCCACCCCAUCCGGCUCGGGCUGGCCCUUAACUACUCGGUUUUCUACUACGAGAUCCAGAACGCGCCGGAGCAGGCCUGCCACCUGGCCAAGACAGCCUUCGACGACGCCAUCGCCGAGCUGGACACCCUCAACGAGGACUCCUACAAGGACUCAACGCUCAUCAUGCAGCUCCUCCGCGACAACCUAACGCUCUGGACGAGUGAUCAGCAAGACGACGACGGCGGAGAAGGCAACAACUAGACCCCCCCGAUGGACUGGCAGCCGCACGCUGAUGCUAACUACUGCAGUCUUUAUUUUUUUCCCACGAGUGGGGGGGGGUCCGGGGUGGGGGAGGGAAAGGGAGGGGACACCUUCCCAGGGAGGCCCCCCACAACCUGUCUUUGAUUGCCUCGUUGACAUUUUUGCCAAAACACCACUAGUGGAAGUCAGGCUGGCUGUGCUGGUAUGGAAUAGCAGCCUCACUGGCAUAUGGACUGUUCUGUAGAUUAUUAAUACAAGUGGAGCUGUCUUUAAUUUAACUUUAUUGCUAGAAAUAAAAAAAAAAGGGUUUUAAGACGAAUUUGCGUGGAUGGAAUGGCCCUCAUUUUUAAGGAAAGCAACGCAAAAACAUUUGAGAAAAGAAAAAAAAAAAAAGGGAGUUCUGUGGUUCCAGUAAGGCUUCGAGCGUUUGUUUCCGCAGCCCAGGUGCCGUGUGCCCGCACCACGUCGCGGGGCCUCUCUCUGCAGCUCUGCCUGCCAGGGCACAGCUGCAAAUCCCCAAAUUGAGAAGGAAUUAAAAAUAAAACCAACAAAACUAAAGAAUUUGGGGCUUGCAAAGCCCUGGGAUUUAGGCCAUCCAAUCUUUUUUUUUUCCUUUUUUUUUUUUUUUUUUUUUUUUUUUUUUUGUUGAGAUAUUUAUUAGGGUAGCUUACAGUAUUAACACUAAAUUGCAGUUUACAGUAUUUCUACAUUACAGCCAUAUGACAUCAAGCCUUUGAUUGUCUGUUUUUCUUUCUUUUGCUAGUUCUUUUGGCUUGCCUUCCUGAGCAGUCCUCGCCUGUGGACUGGCUUUAGCUAUUCUGUGUCACCCAAGGCAAGAAGACCGCCCGCCCGAGGAACAUCAAAGCUGCUCUAGUUUUUUGGUCAACAGCUUAACAGGUGCUUGGCUAGCGGCUGUUUCAACUAUUUUAAGUCCACAGCAAAAGGUUUAAGAACUUAAUUAGACAAAGGGGGAAGUGUUUAAACUUAAAAAAAUGCCACUUAAAUAAAAAACAAUAAAAAAAUAUUAAAAAAAAAGAGCAUUCAGGUCUGUAUGUCAUGUACUGUGUUUGGUAUUUCAAAAGACCAUCCUGAUUUAAGGUGCCACAGCUGCUUCCUCAGGGAUUGCACUGCCAUUUCACUCUGCCUGACUUUCUCCCACUGUACCAUGAGGUUUGUCAGCAGAUCUCCAGCACCCAGAGCUCCCUUGUUUGUCACCAGGGAAGCCGGGUGCGUUUUCCUUUCUCCUGGGGAAGCUUGUGGUGUAAUGAGUGAACUUCAGGAGCUUAGACACUAAUUUGGUAGAGAAAUUCCUCAAGGGAAGAGCUACAAUCAUAGACAUUUCUGUCCACCAUCGGGAGCCCAGGAACUUAGUUCUCUUCUUAGCAAAAUCUUUUCUCAGUCUGUCUGAUCUGGCCGGGGGUGGGAGUUGGGGCAUCUGAAUUGCUUAGCAGGUACUACUUACCCCAUUUUGAGUAAAUUUAGCUUUAAUUUUGAUUUUUUUCCAUGGUUGUUGGAGGUUCACGGCUGUUCUCUGGCUCGCGGAGUGCUGCGCCCCGCAGCGCUUCCCCCAGCGCCGCGCAGUGAGGAGAAACCGCGCUCGUGCUUUAAUUCAAUCCUUAUCGUGAUUCUCACGCUGAUUUUGGAACCAGGCUUUCCCCGGCCCUGGCGAGAGCCAGCCCGACACGGCGCCCGGUGCUGAGGCACACACGGCACCGCCGCUCCCGCCGCCGGGGCCCGGGGGGGACGGACCCGGCUCCGGCCCGGCUUUGUUCGGGCCGGGCUCCCCCUGCUCGAGUGUCCCGCAGGGAACUGGGGGCGCAGCAUCCGCGGCGGGGGCCGUGCGGUGCCGCUGUGUGCCGGGACCGGGAGAUGCUUUAGGCUUCUGAGCUCCCUCUCAUCGACCCCCGUGUCCCGUGAGCAGUGUUGUCCCAGCUGUAUAAUUGGAAGUGAUUUACUGGAAUUACAAAACUUAUCUUCUUUUUUUUUUUUUUUCUUUUUUUUUUUUUUCCCAAAUAAUUACUACUCUUUUUGGCUUUUUGCUCUGGCUGCUUUAGGAAACUUAUGCAGGAGAGAUGGCACAAGAGGGCUAAAAACGGAGUGGGGGUCAGGGACUUGAUUUUUAAGCAGCUUGAAUGGUUUCUUUCAUUUUUUAAGAGAUGCACUUGCCUAUGAUACUGUCUCUCCAGUGAAAUGAUUACUGCUCCAUUACUCUAUUGAUACAAUAUUGUGCAUGCUAGUGUCGUAUUUCUAUACAGUAGCUUGAAAUUUAUUAACUUAUACUGUAGAUGUUAUGUAUUCCUAUGACAAAAUAGUCUUCAAAAAUUUUUUAAAGUUUUUUUAAUUUAUUUUUCUUUCCUUUUCUUUUUCGGGGGUAAAGUUUGCUCUACCAAAUAGUGAUCGUAACAAACUGAUCUGUUAUGGAUGUUGCUAUAGUGACAUGCAAUUAUAUAUGAUUUUGUUUUUAAAAAGGAAAAAAAAAAAGCAAAAGAAAACACCAGUGUUAGCUUAAUCUUAAUGUCUGGUGUUCGUCAUGGUGAAAUUAUAACUAUUACAGUGUAGGAGAACAAUGACUGUGUUCUUUGAAUGAGCCUUUGUUUGUGCUUUUUGUCAUGUUAUGCAGUGAACUAUUUUUAAGGUCUAAUCAGUGAUUAUUUUUCCAACUCCGUGUUUCUGUAAGGAAUUAUUUCACACACGGACCAUUCUUAGCAGUUUUUCCUCAGUGAUGGAAUAUCAUGAAUGUGAGUCAUUAUGUAGCCGUCGUACAUUGAGCAAAUAAACUUACAGAUCUGACGUCAGCGCUGCUUAA